UGAUUUAGUCAAUUAAUGUUGCCGUGCCCAGCAAAGACCUCCAGCAGCCACCAGUGCUGCUAGACCAGAAAGGAUUCCCCGGAUAAUCCACGGGGAUGGGGCAGCCCAGCGAUGUCCAUCUUCCCGAGCUUGAAUAAGGAAGGAGGUGCCAGCUGCCUGCUGUAUAUAAAGAAGGGGGGAUCAUCUCCCCCUGUGAUCUGAUCUUGAACUGCAGCUAAGCCCACCGGACCCAGGCUUUCACAAUCACUGUGCCUUUGCAGCGUUCAGACUCUUUCGGGGAUAGAGUUGGCAAUGCCAGAACCCACCAAGAAACCUGAUGGAAAAGACGAGCAGCCAAGCGCCACACCUGAAGCCACAGAACAAUCUGAAACCCCACCCGAGAGCUCUCCUUCCCCAGAGCAAGCAGGAGAGCUAAAGGAUGAUGCACCUUUUAGCGCCUCUGAGAAGGAAGAGGAUGAAAUUCUUGUGGCUAUUACACCCCCAACACCACAGGAAGAUAAAGAGGAUGAUCUUGCAGCAAGCACUCCAUCGCCUCAGCCACCGCCAGAUGAUGGCAAUGUCCCCCAAAAGAACAAUGAGUUUCCUAACGAUAGCCUUCCUGAGUCAGCCACUGGAAGAAAAGACUCAGUGUGGUCCCUUGGGGAGGGCCAGCCCCCCGAGGACCUGGACAAGCACGAGAACACGCAGAAGUCCUCCCUGCUGAUAGAGAAGCCCCAGAGCGGCUCAGUCACCGUGGGUGGAGAUAUCACGUUCGUGGCUAAAGUGGAAGCAAAAGACUUGCUCAGGAAGCCUACGAUCAAAUGGUUUAAAGGGAAAUGGAUGGACCUGGGCAGCAAAACUGGGAAACACUUACAGCUGAAAGAAACUUUUGACCGUUUUACAAAGAUCCACACAUUUGAGAUGCACAUCAUCAAAGCCAAGGAAAACUAUGCCGGGAAUUACAGAUGUGAAGUCACAUACAAAGAUAAAUUUGACAGCUGGUCCUUUGAUUUGGAGGUUAUAGAGGUCCCGGAACUAGUUACUCAAAAUAUCGAUAUCCGAUCAGCCUUCAAGAGAAGCACCGAAGGCCAAGAAGAUGCAGGAGAGCUUGACUUUAGUGGUCUCCUUAAGCAUAGAAUGAACAGAGAGCACAAGCCGGAGGAGACCAUCCCCGAUGUGGAUGUGUGGGAGCUCCUGAAGUCCUCCCCACCCCAGGAAUAUGAAAGGAUUGCGUUCACCUACGGCAUCACAGACCUGAGAGGGAUGCUGAGACGGCUGAAGCGCAUAAAGAAGGAGGAGAAGAAGAGUGAGGCCUUUGCUAAGAAGUUAGAUCCCGGCUACCAGGUUGACAAAGGAGGACGGAUAAAGUUUGUGGUCGAUUUGGCUGACCCUACAGUGGAUUUAAAGUGGUAUAAAAAUGGACAGGAGAUCCGGCCUACACCAAAUCAAAAGAAGUACAUCUUUGAACACAAGGGCACCCAGCGCAUCUUGAUCAUCAAUAACUGCACCCUGGCCGACGAUGCUGCCUACCAGGUGGCAGCCGGAGAUGAGAAAUGUACCACUGAGCUGUUUGUGAGAGAGUUGCCAGUUACGAUAACGAAAGAGCUGGAAGACGUGAACACCACCGUCAACGAGAGAAUCGAGCUGGAGUGCGAGGUGUCCGAGGACGAUGCCCAAGUGAAGUGGUUUAAAAACGGAGAGGAGAUCCCGAGAGCCAUCCGCUCGAGGUUCCGGUUCAAGAGCGAGGGGAUGAAGCACAUCCUCAUCAUCGACGACGCGAUGAGGGAGGACAGCGGAGUCUAUACGGCGAUGACAACAGGAGGAAAGUCAGAAGCCAAGGUCAAGGUUGACCUCAAACCCCUGAAGAUCAUACAGGACUUAACUGACCAAACGAUCAGACUGGGAAGGCCACUAGCACUGCACUGUGAGAUAUCUCCUGGAAACGUGCCGGGAAAGUGGUACAAGAACGGUCAGCUCAUCCAAGGAGGAGACCGCAUCAACAUCAUCCACAGAGCAAGGAAUCACAGGCUAGAGAUCACUAGCACAACUGUGGAUGAUGAGGGAGACUACACCUUUGUUCCAGAGGGAUACUCCACAAGUCUGAAUGCCAGGGUUCAUGUCAUAGAUCCCCCAAAAGUACACCUUGAAAGUCUUAACUUCCCAGAAAACACUGUGACGGUAGUAGCCGGAAACAAGCUCCGCCUGGAGGUGCCCAUAUCUGGAGAGCCCACUCCCAGAGUUGUGUGGAUGAAAGGAGAAAGGGUCAUCCUUGAAACUGGCGCCCGGGUGCGAGCAGAGUCUUUCCAAGACCACAGCACCUUCACCAUCGACAUCGCAGAAAGGGAGGACACUGGGAACUAUAAAAUUAUGCUACAGAACGAGGCUGGAGAGGAUUCUGCCCAGAUCAAAAUAAAAGUGGUUGAUGUCCCUGAUGCCCCACCAGCCCCCAUGGUCCCUGAAGUGGGAGGGGACUGGUGCUCAAUGGUGUGGGAUCCCCCUCCCUAUGAUGGUGGCUCCCCAAUCCUGGGAUAUUUUGUUGAGAGGAAGAAAAAGCAAAGCUCCAGGUGGAUGAGGCUGAAUUUCGAUCUGUGUAAGGAGUCAAACUUUGAACCCAAGAAGAUGAUCGAAGGUGUUCCCUAUGAGGUCCGUGUUUUUGCAGUGAAUGCCAUAGGCGUCUCCAAACCCAGUGAGCCGUCUAAAGCAUUCAUACCCCUUGCUGUAACCAGUGAACCAACCCUGCUGGUGGUCGACGGAGUCACAGACACCACUGUGACCAUGAAGUGGCGUCCCCCAGACAUGAUUGGAGCUGCAGGCCUGGAUGGAUAUGUGAUAGAAUACUGCUUUGAAGGACAGGAUGAAUGGAUAGUGGCCACUCCUGAGCUGGUUGAGAAGACAAGGUUCACAAUUACUGGGCUGCCCACCGAGGAGAAGAUCUUUGUGAGGGUCAAGGCCAUUAAUGCUGCAGGGGCCAGCGAACCCAGACUGCAUCCCCACCCCAUUCUCGUGAAAGAAGUCAUUGAACACCCCAAGAUUCGUGUUCCCAGGCAUCUUAAGCAAACAUAUAUUAGGAAAGUUGGAGAAGUUGUCAAUCUUGUUAUACCCUUCCAGGGCAGACCAAGGCCUAAAGUGAGCUGGAUGAAGGACAAAGCUCCUGUUGAUCCGACUCAGGUCAGCAUCCGCAACAGUGAGACGGACAGCAUCAUCUUCAUCCGCAAAGCCACCAGGAAGCACUCCGGGCAUUACAAAAUGAGCGUCCAAGUGGAGAACUAUGUGGACGAAGCCACCAUAGAUAUACAGAUUGUUGACCGGCCUGGCCCUCCCCAGCAUGUGAAGAUUGUGGAUGUCUGGGGAGAGAAUGUGGAGUUAGAGUGGACUCCCCCUAAAGACAGCGGCAAUGCACCCAUAACUGGCUACACUAUUCAGAAAGCAGACAAGAAGACAAUGGAAUGGUUCACAACACUGGAGCAUUAUCACAGAACCACCAUAGCGAUCUCUGACCUUGUUGUUGGAAAUGAAUACUAUUUCCGUAUCUACUCGGAAAACAUGUGUGGGCUCAGCGAAUGUGCUACAAUGACAAAAGACUGUGCCCUUAUUGUGAAGGAAGGUUUGAAUUACAAGAAUCCAGAUUACAAGGAUUUUGACUUCUCAGAGCCCCCAAAAUUCACACACCCCCUGGUGAACACCACGGCAGUUGCUGGCUUCAACGCUACACUGAACUGCAGUGUCCGAGCUAACCCCAGGCCAAAGGUGAUGUGGUAUAAGAACAAAAUUGCCAUCAUUGAUGAUCCACGGUACCGGAUGUUUAGCAACCAGGGCGUGUGCACCCUGGAGAUCCGGAAACCCAGUCCGUAUGAUGGUGGCACCUACACCUGCAAAGCUGUCAAUGACCUGGGUGAGGCUGUGGUAGACUGCAAGCUGGAGGUGAAAGGGGGGUUUACGUUUUAUGAGCUUAUGCAGCGGGGAGUGCCUUUACACCUUAUCAAACAGCACAUGAGCGAAACAAAGAGCGGCGAGCCCGAGAAGAAGUGACUGUCUGCUGGCCGCCUUCUCCACCUCCUCUCGGGGAUGACCUGCCACUGCGCGCAACAGCCAACUGGAUGAUCGUCAAGAUGAGAGUGUGGCAUGCAAUGUGUGCUGGCAUGGAUCUACUGUAGGUAGCGUAGGGCAGCCAUGUGCUGUAUCAUCAGCUCUCGCGCCUCUUUGCCUGUUUGAUGCUGGUAUGUAAAGGCGAUAUUUAAACUCUGCAGCAUGUCGCCUGGUGUUUUCGGCAAGUAGCUUUUAGAAUAGGCCCAUGUGGCAGCCGUGGGACAAUGAAGUCCGCCGCAGCAGAUGCUGAUAUACUGUAAUGAGCUUUGCUUUAUCACCGACUGGGAUUCUCAUAUCGCUGGUGUAGCCCCACGUCUAGAAAUGGAGGUGUCAUUUGAUUCUUUGUUGAUAAACGUGCUGAAACUGUACAAUAUAAAUAAAGUCCGCUCCUGCAUGAAACGUCAGUUAUUGUGUGGAGUACGUACUGUUUACUGUUGGGGAACUAAGCUGGAGGCGAGAGCACUCUGUAUACUUGUAAAGCCCUAAUAAACACAAGAGAAAAAAAAAACAUCACAAAGAUGAUUGAAGGCAAUUUAAACUGUGCUUAACCUGUGCAGAAGUCCACACAACUGAGAUUAGCCUGCUGAACGGAGACUAACCUAUUGACUGCUGCGGAGACUGACAGUGUUCCUCCAGGAGCCAGGCUGGGGUGUGACCCUUUGAUUUUUAGCUUUUUUUGUUCAGAUAUAUACAGUAUAUAUACUGUAUAUAUCUACGCAUGCUGACGCAGCUACCCACCUGAACUACAGUAUAUAUAUAUAUGUGUGUAUGUGUUUCCAGGUGUAAUACAGCUUUGUGCAUUAUAAUAUAUAGAAAGAUAUUCUAGCAGUGGCUUUUCAUUUUAAUAGUUGCAGCUGAGACACACAAACCUCUUCUGUAGCUGACCAGCACACCCUGAGCACUGACGAAGCCUUCUCUGUAAUGAAUUAUUUUCAUUUCAAAGUAAUGAUGUUACCCUUUAGAGUAACAAAAGGCCGAAGUAACCAACAGUGGGACUGCUGAAUAAACAUUAUGAGCCUGAUUAAGAUAUCUGUUGGUGUUCUUGAAAGGAUUCUGUUAUGUUGUUAAAGGCACAUUAAUAACGUGGGAGAGGAUGAAUGACUUGUCAAAUAUUUAACUUCAAAUAAGUGGAAGCUAUGUUACGAUUGCUUCAUAGAUGCCUGUGCAGUUCAAAGCCGAAGACCUGAGAUACUGUAUGUUAAAGAUGUUGUGGGCAUGGGUUAAGUCUGAAAUACAUUGUUUAUCCCAGAAUAUCAAGAUAUUGUUCAUAUUCUUUGAGGAAUUUUCUGUGUUAAUGGCUAAUUUGUUUCCUUAGAAUUUGUUUUCCAUUCUUUUAUCAGGUGAUGCACCCAUUCUUUAUCUGGAAUAUUUCAAAAGCUUUUUGUGUAUUCAGCAUGACUCUCACCUCUUAAUUGUUAUACCUUGGUUAAUAUGUCUGGUUUUGUGAUAUUUGUUUUUGAAUGAUUAGGUUUUGCAUUUCUAAUCCAACAAGAUAAUGUACCAGAAAAUGCAGCUAUUCACUCUUUAUUGUCCCCAACCUUUCCAGCAGAGGUUAACAGUAUACAGUUAAGAAUACUUUGACUUUGAAAGGGAAGCAACAAAAAUAUUUAUUAUAUAUAUAAUAAUCCCUUCAAAUAAAACUUGGUAUCUCCGUACUCCCCCGAUUUCCACUUAACAUAUAUGAUUUCAGAGCCGCUAGCCUGUCUAUUACACUGAUCAAUAACCAAUAUUUACUCUGUCUGCAUCAUUGUGUUACUCAGUUUCACAGUUGAUUUGUUGCAAGUGAGGAGAUUUAGGUAGCGAUUGGUACAAUAUGUGAACCAGAAUAAGUUCUUGUCAUAAGCACUUCUACUUCAGACCUUAUAGAAACAUAUUUCCUGUCAUUUUAUGUACUGUAUUUCUUAGUUAAUUUUGAACUCUGAAGAAAUACAGAUCUUGUGCUUUUUAAUGUUGUUUUUUGGGUGGCGAGGGAAUUUUCUUCAUUGUUUUGCUUUCUUUUUUGGUAUUAGUGCUACUGGUUAAAGCCUAGAGAGCAAUGUUAGCCCAUCAUUAAUUGUAAAGCAUGUCUUUUAAGGGAAUUGAUUUGUAAUAUACAGCAUUAUAAAGGUAAUAAAAUGUUGUUUUCAACUUA